UCCCACAAAAGUUCUUGCUUCAUCUUCGUUUGCAAAGAUAGAUAUUCCUCGCAGGCUGCCUCACAACUUGCAAAACCCUUCGAAACGAUCAAAUUCUUAAGGUAUAUCAACUACACCAUGAGCUCAUGGUUUCAAUACCUGCUGUAGCAUAAAGUAUCCAAGGAAGCAGAUUUAUAUGCUAGGCAAAACAAAGAAAAAAGCAGCAGAGCAGUUAUGGGAAAGGACUCCAAGGCUAAGGAUUCUGGGGCCAAGGGAAAGGGUAAACAGGCUGCUGGUGGAAGUGAGGAUGGUGCUUCAAAGGGAAAAGGAAAAGGGGGCAAAGGAGAUGGCCUUGGAACCUGCACAUAUGUUAAAGCAAGGCAUAUCUUAUGUGAGAAGCAAUCGAAAAUUAAUGAAGCUUACAAGAAACUACAGGAAGGCUGGUUGGACAGUGGAGAUAAAGUUCCACCAGCUGAGUUUGCCAAGGUAGCUGCAGCUUACUCAGAAUGCCCCUCAGGAAAGAAAGGUGGGGAUCUAGGAUGGUUUCCACGUGGCAAGAUGGCAGGCCCAUUUCAGGAAGUUGCCUUCAACACCCCUGUUGGAGUUACCAGUGCACCUUUUAAGUCAACACAUGGAUACCAUAUCAUUUUAAGUGAAGGGAGGAAAAAUUGAGAUGUCUGUGCAUUCAUGUACACGCAGAUGGCAGAGAAUCUCUUUUAUUUGGUCAUCUGAUGCUGCAGUGACUAAGUACUGGUUAAGAUAAUAAGACCCUACUGGUGUGGUUUGCAAGUGUAAUGCUAAACAAGUAGACAUACCAAAAUGAAUGGAUUAAAAUUUCUUCCCGGCUCAUGUGUAUGUCAAUAUGGUUAUUUUGAAGUCUAUGAUCUCAUCUACAUUGAACUAACACAUUCUGGGGAAAAAGUGUUUGUAGCACUUGA